GUUCCUAAUUAUACAACAGUUGGUUAUCUUGUCACCUUUGGAUGCUGUUUGUGCAGGUGUUUACGAACGUGAUAGUAAUUAUAAAUUUGAACUCUUAGUGGCCCUCUGAGGAAAUGUUUGAUUUGCAGAAAGACUGGAGCAUCUCGUUUGCAGGAUGUGGUUUUAUGGGCAUUUAUUAUGUUGGAGCCAGCAGCUGCAUCCUUGAACGUUUCCCUCGCUUCAUACAAGACGCCUCUAAGAUCUAUGGAGCUUCUGCAGGAGCUCUGAUGGCUGCUGUGCUCGCUGUGGGAAUCCCUCUGGAGAACUGCUGUGCUGAUUUGAUGUUCAUGGCCAAAGAGGGCAGGAAGCACAAACUGGGGCCCCUGCACCCGGCUUACAACCUGGUGCAGAUAGUCCAGGACUCCCUGCGGGGGGGCCUCCCAGAGGACGCCCAUGUUCGAGCCUCUGGGAAGCUCUGUGUGUCCCUGACCAGAGUGUCUGAUGGGAAGAACGUACUCGUGUCUGAGUUUGACAGCAGAGAGGAACUCAUCCAGGUCCUCGUCUGCAGCUGCUUCGUCCCUUUCUACUGCGGUGUGAUCCCACCUACUUACCGUGGAGUGCAUUAUGUGGACGGCGCCGUCAGUGACAACCUGCCUCAGUGUCACCUGAAGAACACCAUCACGUUCUCCGCGUACGCCGGCGAGAGCGACCUCUGCCCCCGAGGGAGCACGCUCAACUUCCACGAGGUGCGCUUCAACAACGUCAGCAUCCAGGUCAACUCGGAGAACAUGUACAGAGUCACCAGCACCUUCUUCCCCCCGCAGCCCGAGGAAAUGGCUGAAAUCUGCAACAAUGGCUACAUAGAUGCUCUCCGCUUCCUACAAGAGAACAAUCUGAUCAGCACCGAGUGUCCUCUGAGGAGUUUGGAGAUGGACGCACCUAAACCUGCUUGUUGUGAGGUGGUGAGGGUGAAGGAGUCGGAUGAAGCUGAAGAGUCCGAUGAGAACACACAACAGGAUGGGACGAAACCACAUCAGGAGGAGCACCGGUGGCUGGAUCCACAGCUCAUAGAAAACCUCCCAGUUAACAUUAAAAAGGCGUUGUGUGAGGCCUGUAGAGAGACGCAUACUGCUGGAGGUCUGUUGUCCCACGUGACCGAGUACCUGCCAAAGGUGACUUCCUACCUGCAGAUCCCCGGUACUCUGCCCGUGGAGUCGGCCUGCUCUCUAGCCCAGAGACUUGUGGACUGGAUCCCAGAUGUACCGAGGGACGUGAGCUGGCUCUACGACAUGGCUGGAGACAUUUACAAACAAGCAUGGAAGGACAAGAUGACGGACUAUGACAGUGAGUCGUCACUGCGCAGAUGUACAAGUCUGCCAUUAGGCCUGAACCUGUGGAGUCAGAGAAAAGAAGACAUAAACGCUCUCCCGGUGACCCCAACAGCCACCCCCACCUCCAGUCUUACCCUCACCUGGGACUCACAUGGGGAGCUGGACCACAUGCCUCUGACUCCACCCCUCACACCCACCGUCAGCUCCAACUCUGGGUUUGGAGAAGCCGCCGCAGAGUCGCCCAAAAGCACAGGUAGAGGCUGGGGUUUGGGCAGAGCUGUGGGGUGGAUCCGAAAUAUUGCAUCCGAGCAAACUUCAAACCUCAAAACGGAUGAGUCGGCGUCCUUUCCUGCAUUCACGUAAAUCUAUUUAAUGUUGCACUGAAAGAAAAGAAAAGAAAAACAAGUAGAAUAAAUAAAUGCAAAAAGA